AUGGUAAAGCUUCCCCCCUCCCUCAUAACCCAGUGGCGAAGCAGAGCAGUGACUCUUAUUCCCCAGGUUUCACUCCUACGCCAGAUCGUCGCUGGCCCCAGAAUACAACACCCUGAAGCGGGGUUAGAUCUCUGCUAUGUGACAGACAACAUCGUCGCCACGUCCGGCCCCUCGUCCGCGUAUCCCCAGCGCGCAUACCGCAAUCCCACCGACGCCCUCGUCAAGUGGCUCGACAGCAAGCAUGGGUCCAAUUGGGCAAUAUGGGAAUUCCGCGCUGAGGGAACCGGGUAUCCAGACUCGGAGGUCUAUAACCGCAUCCACCAUUUUCCCUGGCCAGAUCACCACCCGCCGCCCUUCGCCCUGAUCCCCAACAUCGUGGGCGGCAUGCGGAACUGGGUGAAUCGACAGGACGACAAAGACGCCCCGGACACAGGAGAAGGCGAGCGCAUCAUCGUCGUGCACUGUAAAGCAGGCAAAGGGCGCAGCGGCACAAUUGCAUGCGCAUAUUUGAUCAGCCAGGAAGGGUGGAAGAAAGAGGAUGCGCUAAAGCGGUUUACGGAGCGCCGCAUGCGGCAGGGAUUCGGGGCUGGCGUCAGUAUCCCCAGUCAGCUGCGGUGGGUAGGGUAUGUGGAUCGAUGGACGAACGAGCUGCAGAAGCAGUAUAUUGAGCGGCCGGUCGAGAUCCUCGAGCUGCAUAUCUGGGGGUUGAAAGAUGGGGUCAAGGUUGUCGUGCAGGGAUUCGAAGAUGAGGGGAAGAAGAUCAAGAAUGUCCAUUCUUUCCGUCGACACGAGCGGGUAGUCGUUCAUGCGGGGGAGUCGCCUGAUUCUUCGAAGAAAUCGAGCAAGAAGUCUGCUGCCAAGUCUGCCGCCCCGUCUGCCUCGGAUUCAGCGGACGAUUCUACUCCACAGUCUGAUGUCUCCGGAACGUCGCCUGCGCAGACUACCGACCGUACUCUCUCCGCGGUCAUAUAUAGGCCCCACAAACCAAUCAUCGUGCCAGGGUCGGAUGUGAACAUUGACUUCGAGCGCCGUAGCAAAGUAUCCUAUACCGGAUUGGCGCUCGUGACCUCACUUGCACAUGUAUGGUUUAACGCCUAUUUUGAGGGCGGCCAUCUGCACGAAUCCGGUGUCUUCGAGAUCAAUUGGGAUGCGAUGGAUGGUGUGAAGGGAAGUUACAAGAAGGGGAUCCGAGCUUUGGAGAAACUGAAGGUCGUGUGGCGAUACCCGCCGCAGCCUGAGACUCCUCAGGGCCGGGAUCGGCCUGUUAGUGAGCCUCAGCCUGGAGAGCCGGUUCAGGAGAGUCAGCCUGCAGAUUGGCGUGGACAGGACACUAAGGCCGGUGAUUCCCAGAGCGAGGCUUCGGGCCAUGAGCGUGGGAACGAAAAUAGACAUCCUUCGAAAGGAGCCGGGUCUGAUACAACGCAAUCUAUCUCUGCGUCUGCUGGUGGUAUUGUCCCAGCUAUUGCAGACACUGUGGUUACUGUUGAGCGGCAGCUAGGUCUGCGCGCACAGACUGAUGCAAGUAAAGAUGUCAGUCUGGCUGGUACCGACGAUGAAGCGCGGUAUACAACAGAUGAAGAAGGGCAGGGCAGAAAGAAAAAGGAUACGCAAGUGAUACCAGUGGGCUCGAGGGUGUGA